GAGUAACCGAGUGGAGGCUGAAUGAUCCCGCCGGGCCUCGGCACGGUGCUCUGCCUGCUGCGGCUUGACGAAAUCACUCCAGCGCGUUGACCUUUGCAAAGUGGUGACCGAAGCGUGAGAUGCGGUGACGAGGUCUGAGGUGGCAAGGAUGCAGUCGCUGGCCCAGGAUCAGUCAAAGGCACCUGCUUGUCCAACCGACGGGAAGGAGAAGGAGCUGCGCUCGGGCGAGGAGUGUGACAAGGAGCUCAACUCAGAGCCCGAAGCCAUGGAGGCCCGAGAGGAGGAAGCCGAGUUUAACUGGCAGGAGCGCCUGGAGGAGUUGGGGGCCAUCGCCGCCCCGCACACGGCCUUCAAACACGUGGAGGUGAGCCUGCGGAGCAGCUUCCAGCCGGGCAUGAAGCUGGAGGUGGCCAACAAGGGCGCGCCCGACACGUACUGGGUGGCCACCGUGGUGGCCACCUGCGGCCAGCUGCUGCUGCUGCGCUUCAGCGGCUACGGCGACGACCGCAGGGCCGACUUCUGGUGCGACGUCAUGACCGCCGAGCUGCACCCGGUGGGCUGGUGCGUCCGCAACCGCAAGACCCUCAGGCCCCCCCAAGCCAUCCGCGAGAAACACGCAGAUUGGACGGAGUUUCUGGUGGGCGACUUGACCGGUUCCAGGACGGCGCCGGCGAACCUGCUGGAGGGGCCGCUGCGAGGGAAGAACACGGUGGACCUGAUGGUGCAGGGCUCCGUCCUGGAACUGCGCGACGCGGCGGAGCCGUUCCUGUACUGGCCGGCGCGCGUGAUGCGCAACGUCGGCGGGCGGCUGCGUCUCCGUCUCGCCGGCCUCUCGGACGAGCAUCGGGCUCGGGACGUGUGGCUCUUCUACCUGGACGUCAGGCUCCGCCCCCUCGGGUGGGCGCAGGAGAACCGCUUGGCAUUGGAGCCGCCCGCAGAAUUGCGUCCCCUCAAGAGCGCCGGCGACUGGGAGCGCGCUUUGGAGGACGCCAGACGAGACGGCCAGACGAGCGCCGUGCCGCCGGAGGUGUUCAAGGACCACGCCGACCCGCCUGCGCACGCCUUCGAGGUGGGCAUGAAGCUGGAGAUGGUUUCUCUGUGGGAGCGCCUGCGCAUCUGCCCCGUUUCCGUCACCAAGGUCUUCGACGACAACUACUUCCAAGUGACGGCGGACGACCUGGCGGCUGACGGCGAAGCGCGCUCGGCGUUGUGUCACGCCGCCUCUCCGGGCAUCAUGCCCAUCCAGUGGUGCCUGAAGAACGGCGCCGGUCUGGAGAGGCCGCGCGGCUACCAGGGGCGCGACUUCGACUGGGCCGACUACCUCAAGCGGGGCGGCGCCGAAGCCGCCCCCGACGCCUGCUUCCCCGACACGUGGCGGACUCGGACCUUCGCCAAGGACACGUGGCUGGAGGCGGUGCACCCCGAGCGCCCGGCGGAGAUCUGCGUGGCGCAGAUCACUCAAGUGCGAGGGCGACUCUUGUGGCUGCGACUGGAAGGUGCGCACAAGCAGUUUUGCGAGAUCAUCGCCGACGUGGAGUCCAUGGACAUCUUUCCUGUGGGCUGGUGUGAGGCCAACGCCUAUCCUCUCAACCUGCCGUUCAAACCUGCCGUCGGCAAGCACCGCAAGAUUGCCGUGGUCCAGCCCGAGAAGCAAUUGGCGCCGUCCCAGCCCGCCGAGCCGCCUCCCGCCAACCACUGCCAGCCUCCCCCCAAUGACGCAGCCAACGGCCGCUACUGCUGCUCCAAGGUGUUUGUCAACCACCGCUGCUUCUCGGGGCCGUACCUCAACAAGGGACGCAUCGCCGAGCUGCCGCAGACGGUGGGACCCGGCAAGUGCACUCUGGUUCUCAAAGAGCUCCUCGGCAUGCUCAUCAACGCCGCCUACAAGCCCGGACGCGUCCUCAAGGAGCUGCAGGAGCUGGAGGAUCCCAGCUGGGACUGCCAGGAGGAGACUUUGAAAGCCAAAUACAAAGGGAAAACGUACCGCUCCAGCAUCAAAAUCGUGCGCCUGGCCGACCUCAUCCCGGACUUCUGCCGCAAAGUGUGCGUCAAGCUGCAGUGCUGCCCCAACCUCGUCGGCCCCGCGCUUGUCCCCGAAAAGUGCCCCGAGAGCUGCUUUGUGCAGACCAAGACCAAAUACACUUAUUACUACGGGAAGAAAAGGAGGCUGCCCAAGCCGCACGGAGGCGAGGACGCGGCGGCGGGAGAGCAGCUCAAACCGAAGCGCAAGAAGCGCAAGAGCAUCUUUGUGCAGAAGAAGCGGCGCUCUUCGGCGGCGGACUUCACGACCGCCGGCUCGGCUCAGGAAAGCGAGGAAGACGAAGAGGACGGGGCAUCGCGCUCGGGCAGCGAGGGCGCCGGCUCAGAACCCCGCGACGAGCUGACGGACGCGUCCUCGGCGGAGACCGUCGGGGGCCGCGCGCGCCGCGCCGCCGCGUCGCGCAAGGCCGAGGCCGCCGGCGGUCAGGAGGCGCCGGACGCCAGGCGGAGGUCUACGCGUCAGCGCCUCGGCAAGCACCGAGCGCCCAAAGACGACGACGCGCAGGAGGAGGAGGAGGAGCCUCUCGUUCUGGACAAAAACCCUCUGGAGUGGAGCGUGCAGGAAGUGGUCCAGUUCAUCACCAGCACCGACUGCGCGUCGUCGGCCAGCAUUUUCCAGGAGCAGGACAUCGACGGCCAGGCCAUGCUGCUGCUGACGCUGCCCACCGUGCAGGAGUGCAUGGACCUGAAGCUCGGGCCCGCCAUCAAGCUGUGCCACCACAUUGAGCGCGUCAAGGUGGCUUUCUACAGACAGUACGCCAACUGAGCCCGCUUUUUUUCGGGAACUCUUCCCAAAGCUGUGAGAGAAGCUUCCAAAACGUGCCGGAAAGGCCGUUUUUUUUUUUUGUUGAGGAAUUCAGUUUUCAUUUCCUGGUCGAGGAGCACUUGGGCGUUGAAUUGAAACGCAAUGCGGCCCAUUCGUUGAUAUAUUUGGAGUAUUUAUUGCCGUGCUCACUUUAUGAGGCUUUAUUUACUGUUCUCCGGGAAGUUUUUAAUUUAUUGCACAAACUUUACGCAUUCCCAAGUGUCGCUCCUUUCGUUGGCUGCGUUAACUCCGAACCGACCGACUGCUGUUUUUGUGUGUUCAUCUUCUAUGCAAAUGUCUUGUUUGCUGAGGUUUUGGUCAGCGAGGAAUUAAAAAUUUCUAUUCAUUUGUA